AGGUUCCACAACACCUGACCCACCCACCAGUACCAGCACUACCUCAGGGUGUUUGUCCUGAGAGCCCCGAAGCAGACACAGACGAACAGUUGUCAAGUAACAGAGGAAAAGCGUCCACCGAGACGGCCUGGGACAAAAGGAUAGCAAGGGAAGGACGGAGAGCACGUACACAGCAACGCAGGAGUAGAAACCACCUCGAGUCGUUAGCAGGAGCAGCGUUGACGCUUAACCAAAGAUGACUACGUAUACGGUGACUCUGAGUGGCCCCGCACCAUGGGGCUUCAGACUACAGGGGGGAAAGGACUUCAACAUGCCACUCACCAUCUCCAGGAUAACUCCCGGCAGCAAGGCAGUGGGCGGCAGCCUGGCUCAGGGUGACAUCAUCUCAGCCAUCGAUGGGCUCAGCACUGAGGGGAUGACGCACAUGGAGGCGCAAAACAAGAUCAAGUCUGCCUCCAGCAAGCUGGCACUCACCAUGCAAAAAUCAAAACGUGCCGCAGCAUUUUCCACAACUCCGAGAAUGGACUCACCCAUGCCAGUCAUCCCCCACCAGAAGGUUAUCGCAAACACAGCUGGAAAUGUGGAGUACUCUCCCAGCUUCAACCCCACUGCUCUGAAAGAUUCAGCCCUAUCCACUCACAAACCCAUUGAGGUGAGAGGUCCAGGGGGGAAGGCCACCAUUGUUCACGCUCAGUACAACACGCCAAUCAGCAUGUACUCACAGGACGCCAUCAUGGACGCCAUUGCAGGGCAGUCGCAGGCCAAAGGACACGAGAGUGAGGAGGCGGGCUCACCCUUGGCUGGAGCUCUGCCUGUCAAGGACCCCGUGGUGGACUGCGCGUCUCCGGUUUACCAGGCGGUGAUCCGGCCAGGAGAGAACCAGGACAUGUCUGACUGGGCUCGCCGUGCUGACACCCUUCAGUCCAAGAGCUUCAGGAUGCUGGCCCACCUCACUGGCACUGAAUACCUGCAAGACCCAGAUGAGGAAGCUCUGCAGAAGUCGAGAGAUAAGUUUGAGUCGGAGGUGAAAGGGCCCCGCUUCGCCAAGCUGAAGAACUGGCACCAAGGACUGUCCUCACAGAUCCUCAACGUCCAGGAAUAGAGAAAGACAGAGGAGGAGGACAUGCAGAGGGAAACAUGGACAAAAGCGAGUAAAUAAGAAGAGGGUGAAUUAUGAAGGGAUAGAAAAGCAACAGUAGGAGGAGGAAACUCCUCAAGAAUGUGAGAUAGUGUUGUUGUUUAGAUAGUGUGAGAAUGUUGUGUGUUCGUAACGUUGAUAUUACCUGUCAAAUGCAUCUGUCCGCUGCUGAGACCUGAUCCCGCGUUUGGGAUUUUCUUUCUUUUGUUUGUUUCCGUUUUUUGGGGGGUUUUCUGUCUCUCUUAAUUGAAAGGCAAAUUGUACAAAAAAUAAUCAAGUAAAAGGACUAAUGCACACAUAGACGUUAACAAACAACACAGUAUGUAAAAAAGAAAGGCACUCGAAAAAUGUAAAUGUGAAUAAAUGUUUUCUUAAAACCACACAGCUGAGUGAACUGAUGUAAACUCACAAAUUAAAUGAACUUGUCACUCUCCUUUUUGGGAAUAAAAAGCAUGAUGUGGAGUCGUGAUUGAUCGAAA